UAGUUUUGUCAAUCAUUUGUUAUUUUUUGCAAUUGUAGCCAAUUUUGUAUAAUGGAAAUUUGUUUAGGACGGUUGACAGUUUCCUGAUGGAUAGCAUAAUGAAAAUUUCGCACUGCAAUGCCCAUCAUUACUAUUGUAUUUUAAAUUAUUAGUCGCGUUUGUGUGUGUAUUUUGUUAAAAUUUGUGUACAAAUGGCGUAUAGGUUAUGGAAAAGAGGGGAUGUAAAUUUUAUGUACUGUAAUAUACAUAUUAUGUAGUUCUGCCGUGUCCAUAUAUAACACCACUUCUUGGAUGUAAAGAAACAACAACUGUGAGAAUUUCCAAGCUCUUAAAUGCUUCUCUGCAGCUUCCAUCUGUCCAAGUCCAGCCAGGGUCCUUAUAGCCUUCUUUUGCAAGGAAUAAGCAAGCUCAAAGAAGAAUAUAUUUAAAAUAGAUCUUUAAUUUAAUUAAAGAGAACACUUUAAGAUGGAGAACAAAGUCUCCACUAGUCCUGAAUUACCAAUAGUCUCAGAGGGAUUUAUAAAUAUUCCCAAUCAUAGCAACUGUGCAAAAUUUGAGGGAAAUCUUAGUCCUCCGAGUGCUCAUGGAAAGGUUUUGGCUAAUCUGGACCAUCCCAAACAAAGUUUGCACCCUGAACUACCACCAUGGCUGCUACAUCCCACCUUUCUCAACCAUCCGUACCACAAUACAGUAGACGUGCCAUCGUACUGCAACAGUAGAUUAAAGCAGGUAGGAGACACAAAUGAACCAACAAGUUUAGAACAGUUGCGCUCUGUGAGCCAAGACCACAGUGAAGCUCCGGUCAGUCCGCUGUCUAGAGCGUGGCCAGAACCUCAGAUUAAUAUUGAAGUUGAAGAUACUCCAAAGGAGAAGGAUGUGACGGCCAGGUUCCACUGCCAAACUUGUGGCAAGGGAUUCCCAUCUGCAUCGUCCCUGCUGGGUCACGAGCACCAUCACACCAACCAACAGCGACCACACCACUGCGAGACCUGCUUCAAGACUUUCGCUACCAACUCGCACCUAGUCACCCACAAGCGUACACACACUGGCGAACGCCCCUACAGAUGUCAGGUGUGUCAUAGAUCAUUCUCUGACAGAUCAGCGUUCGUGAAGCACGAGAGAACGCAUGGUCCAGAUGGCACUAUAGUGAAACGGUAUAAGUGUGAUAUGUGUGGGAACCACUUCACAGACAAUUGUGGCUUGAAAAAGCAUAUAAGGAUUCAUACGGGUGAACGGCCCUAUCAGUGCGACAUAUGUGAGAAGGCUUUUUCAACUAGUUCUACUUUUGUCGCCCAUCGGAGGAUACACACAGGUGAAAGGCCAUACAAGUGCGAACAGUGUAGUAAAAUGUUUAUAACAAAGUCACACCUGCUGACACACGGCCGUGUACACAGCGGAGAGAAACCAUUCGUCUGCCCAAUCUGUAGCCGAUCAUUUGCCGAUGGCUCGAGUUUCCGGCGACACGAACGACUUCACACAGGAGAACAGAGGCACAACUGUCAAGUCUGCGGUAAAGGUUUCCCUGUCAGCGCUUCACUCCAGAAACACAUGCAGCAGAGCCACUCCUACUCGUAGCAACUGCCAUAACUUAACCUUGCUUCAUUGUUUUUAUUGUUGAAUGAAAGUAUUUGUUUUAGUAUUAGGUUUUCUGUGAUGCAAACCGUUUACAAUGUACAUAUUAAAGUAUUUUAUAAUAAAAUUACCAGAAAUCUGUUUUUAUUGAUAUAUCUAAGUGAUUAUUUCAUUAAAGAAUAAAUUUUUUUAUAAGGCUUGUUUUCAUACAAUUAACUUAUAAUUUAUUGAAGUUAUAUGAAAAGGCCUUAAAAUGUA